AUGGUCGAUGGAGGACACUUGGAAAACGAGGAAUUCCUCGUGAAGGUACCACAAUUCUUCCACAUAGCGAAUGAAAAGCAUAUAACAGUACGUCUAUCAACAAAGAGAUUGGUUAAGCAUGAUAGUGUAGAGGGAAAUGCAGAAUUUGACGCAGUUAAUAGGCCGCACUAUGAUGUAUCCCAAAAAUCUCAAAAUUUAAAAAUUGAUGAUAACUCCAAAGAUGUAUACCAGUUGCUAGUGAGAAUGUCAUACGGAUCUAAGGCACAAAAGACUAAAUGCUCCACAGUUGUUGACUCUAAUAAUUUAGAUAAAUUUUGGCAAGAUUAUUCAAACGCUGUUAAAAAUGGUAUGAGCGGAUUGAUCAAAAAGAAGAAGAAGAAGAGUAAGGCAAAGAAUGGUAAAACCCAUAAGAAAUAA